AUGAGUUCUUUAUUUUUGACUACCUCUAAUGAUUCAUUUUUAAGGUUAGAAUCAUUCAAUCUAUUGUAAAGACCGAAAUACCUUCAAAAAUCAAAGGACAUUCAGAUGGAGUUUUGUUGCAAAAUGAAACCAUUAAAUAUAAUCAUUAUUUCUGGAUGCUUGGAUCAAAGUAUAAAAUUUUGGUCAAAAUUAUUGAAUUCAUCAUGGGAAUGUUUUUAAACUAUGUAAGAAAUCAAAGGUCGCAGUGUGUGAUUUAUCAAAGAGAUAUUAGGUGAUAUCCUAAGAAAUUUUUGGAUCUAUUUUAGUUAUUGAAUAAUAACAGAAACUUAAUUGUUUGGUGAUCAUAAAAAUCUAAUUAAAUCGACUUGGAAAAGUAUUUCUGAGUUAUAUUAGUGAAGACUAAUUUGUAUUUUAACCUUAAAAUUUCUUAAUACUGUAAUUCCAUACUUCAAACAAAGAAACUAGAGAAAAUAAGCAUUCUUAAAAUCUUAGUGAAAAUUACAUAGGAAUUAUAGCUCGAGAGAAUUCAAGAUUGCCUAUUCUAUACAAUUUCAGUAUAGGAGUCAUCUUAAUGUAAGCAGUGUGA